GGAGCGGGCCGCAGACCCGGAGCAGCAUGUGGACGCUCGGGCGCCGCGCAGCCGCCGGCUUUCUGCCCCGGGCGGCGCCCCAGGGCCCGGCACAGGCCUGUACUACGGCCCGGCCGCUGGCGGAACACACCCUGCUCUGCGGCCGCCGGGACCUGCGCACCGGGACCGCCGCGAACUGGGCGCCUGGCCAAGACAGCUUGAACUUCCGCUGCCUCAACCAGAUUCUGAAUACCAAAAAGCAGAGUGCCCAUUUGAUGAAUUUGAGGAAAACAGGAACUUUGGGUGAUCCAGGCUCUCUAGAUGAGACCACCUAUGAAAGACUGGCAGAGGAAACUCUGGAUUCCUUAGCAGAGUUUUUUGAAGACCUUGCAGAUAAAUCUUACACAUUUGAGGAUUAUGAUGUCUCAUUUGGGAGUGGUGUUUUAACAAUUAAACUGGGUGGAGAUCUGGGAACCUAUGUGAUCAAUAAGCAAACCCCAAACAAGCAAAUCUGGUUAUCUUCUCCAUCCAGUGGGCCCAAGCGCUAUGAUUGGACUGGAAAAAACUGGGUGUACUCCCACGACGGCGUUUCCCUCCAUGAGCUGCUGACUGCAGAGCUGACUGCAGCUUUGAAAACCAAAUUGGACUUAUCUUCCUUGGCCUAUUCUGGAAAAGACACUUGAUGCCCAGCCCAUUUUUAAGGACAUUAAAAGCUAUAAAGCCAAGACCCCAGCUUUGUUCUACAGCUGCGUGAGUGUCUUUUCUUUUCCAUUCCUGCUUUUGAGGACAUUUGCAUGGUGUGUAAGGGCUCUGUGCAAAGAAUGAGCCGCCUCCCACCCCACUGCCAAGUUCUGACUUUUAAUUCCUAAAGUGUUUUUUUCUAUUUAUUGUCUGAUUUCCUCCUUCAUAUGAUCUCCCUUUUGUCAUGAGGACAUACCCAUAUGUUAACAUAAUUACCCUCUAACAAAGUAAAAUAUUAAGAAGGAAAAAUUCUGGAA